AUGGGGGGAAAGGUGAUAGGUUGUUCGGUGUGCAUUUUGGGGUUGGUGGUGGUUUUGGGUGUGAUUGCAGGUCCAGUGAAUGCAAUUCCUUGUCAAAAUGCCCUAGUCAAACUGUUGCCUUGUGAGCCAUUUUUGGUGGGUUCUGCUGAGUCUGUUAGUGUUCCUUGUUGCCAGAGUGUUGAGGCUUUGAACCAAAUUGCUACUUCCAAACCAGAACGCCAGUCUCUGUGUGAAUGCUUUAAGAAAGCUGCACCAGCCAUGGGGGUUAAGGUUGAUAGGGCUAAGGAACUUCCUGACCUUUGCAAGGUCCAGGUCCCAGUAGCCAUUGACCCAAAUAUCAAUUGCAACAAGUAA